AUGAGCCACACUACCUAUCCAAGCUCGCCUCUAGAUUCUAUUCAUGGCGACAGUCAUGAUGCCGAUGCUAAUUUUGAUUCUGAUUCCGAUGAUGGAGAAUAUGGUGGACUAAAAGAAUUGAAAGUUGCUCUCAUCUCUUUCUACAAAGCCUCAGACGAAAUACCCGACAUAGCUGCUUGUUAUCUGACCUCCAGGAGACAAUCAACUCUUGAGUGGGGCGACGAUAAGGCAGCUUUACCGAAACCGACUUUGUCCAACUUGAACCCUUGGAGCAAUCGAUAUGCAUCAUUACGACAUUUGCAGAAGAGAUUUGCGUUUAUUAUGCUGCUCUUAUACGUUCGGCUUGAACUUCAUGAAUACCUAAUUAAACAUACAGAGUUUUUGUCCCUGCACGAGGUUGUUCUUUUGCCAUUUAUGGUAUCGGUAUAUGAAUUCUGGGAGUUCAAGCGCUCAAACGGAAAGCCAGUUAUCGACAAAAUGGUGCUGCAUGGGAGCAAGCCAGUCAAUUGUGUAUUAGCAGCUAUGAUAGACUCUGCUAUUAUAGUGGCGGCAGAAAAGCUGGCUAGAAUGCCUAUGCGUCGACCAAAUGGAUCAGCCUUGCAAUUAACAACGACCUGGGGGCUAAUUUUACUGGUAUUUUUGGCUGAUCUAGGAGCGGCAAUUUUAUGGGCAUUAGGAAAAUCCGGAGCAUAUUUCCUCUUGCCAUCGAAGCAGGAGCCGUUAUUUUGCACAUCCAUCAAUGUCGGUGGAAUGAUUAAACGGUCUCUAUUAGUGUCUAUAGCUAUUAUAUUUGCCUCAAAAUGGUCGUUAAGCACUAAAGCUCUUAAGCCUUCAUUUGUGAUAUCAAUAUUAACCCUAAGCGCUACCCUUCUUGGAUACAUCUAUCCGGAUGAUAAGUACCUACCGGUUCCGUUCAUUGCAGGGGCACUAGCGGUCAUCCUUCUUCACAGCGUGAUCAUUCUGUAUAGCGGACAUAUAUAUCUAGCUGAAAGCAUUGAGUUCUUUGAGCGAAAUUGCCGAUUGGACCAAGUUGAGCCCAACAUCUCAUUCUUGCAAGCUCUAUACAUAGCUGCAAUAUCGUCUUCCCUGUUGAUAUUUUCCUUUUACAAUGCUGGGCAGAAGUGGAGUACCUAUGGUCACCCUAUUAAUGGUCUAAUUACUAGUGGUAGACAGUUACAUGCUCAGUGGCUGGCCGAAGCCAAGUAUAGCAUUGAUCUCCAGGGAGCUAUCGGCGAAUAUACGCAGCGUUAUGGCCUUCUGCCCCCACCGGGGUUUGACAUCUGGUACGAAUAUGCUACUAAUAGGUCGUCAUUAAUCAUUGACAACUUCGACCAAAUACAUCAGGAUCUCCUUCCAUUCCGUGCUCUUGCGCCGAGUACAUUGAGAUACCUUACCAACUCCAUGUCUAGCAACCAGUGGAAUGAUAUAGCUGCUGUUGUGGUACAAUAUCUACCUGACAUGGACAUUGCAUUUAAUUUGAAUGAUGAAUGCCGCAUUUCAGUUCCAUGGGAUACCAUUCAAGCGAUGAAUAACACUGCAGAAGACAAUAUAUCUUCUCAACUUUAUCCUGCGAGCAAUGUUUGGUCCAAAGAUAGAUCACUAUCUUGGGCACUCAGCCGUUCCAAUGACCAAAUGGCGGAUUCCCAUUUUACAGAGCAUUCUAGACGAAAUACAUUCCAUAGCAUUGUGAGCGAGUCAUGCCCGCCAAACUCACCUGCUCGAACACAGUAUUAUUGGCAACAUGAUACACUAUGCUUUAAGUGUACCAAACCACACUCCGCGGACCAAUUUUUGAAAGACUGGGUACUAUCUAGCGAUAUCUGUCACCAACCUGAUUUGGCGAAUUUACAUGGCUUUUUUAUCGCGCCGAGCGCAUUCAAGGUAUCUCGAAAGCUACUCCCAGUGUUUAGCCAAAGCAAGGUGUCAGGGUUCAACGACAUAUUAUACCCAAGGUCAUGGAACUACCUAGAAAAGACGAGUUAUAAUCCUUCGGACGAGCAUCCUGACCCACGGUACGAACACAAGGAAAACACUAUGUUCUGGAGAGGUACUACGUCAGAGGGCUUCAGCGAGGCAGGGGAAUGGCAAGGAAUGGCUCGCCAGCGACUCUUACAUUUGACCAACAAUAACACUGACCGUGUCUCUGUAUUACUUCCUUGGUGGUCUGAGGGCAUAUAUUCCUACUACACCUUACUCCCUUCCGAAGUCUCCCAAUCCAUAGACACGAACGUGUCAAUUGGUAUUGCCAAAGGUGUAACUCGAUGCGGCAGUAGAGACUGCGAUAUCCAAAGACAUGAGCUAGGGGUUACCAACAGAAUACAAUUUGACGAACACUGGAAAUACCGUUUCCUAUUUGACCUGGAUGGUGCGGGAUUCAGCGGUCGCUUUCUCCCUUUCCUACAAAGCAAUAGCCUCCCCUUCCGAGCUGCGAUUUUUCGACAGUGGUUCGAUACAAGGAUAACGCCAUGGCUUCAUUUUGUACCGCAGGAUAUUAGAUUUCAUGAUUUCUGGAGCACGCUGGCGUUUUUUGCUGGGGCUAGAAAGAUGAAUAAAGAUGGCAAUGUCGAAAAGGUUCUGAUGAAGCCUCAUCAUCGAGAAGGUGGAAUUAUUGCAAGAGAAGGUAGGAAAUGGGCGGAGGAAACGCUUAGAAAGGAGGAUAUGGAAAUAUAUCUCUUCCGACUAUUGCUAGAAUGGGGUCGGCUGACGGAUGAUCGAAGGGACGAGCUUGGGUUGACCGGGUGA